AUCUUUAAAAUUUCACAAUUUUCAAAGCAAACAAGGAUUUAAAAAUCACCAAUGUAAGCCAAACAGGCCGUAUCGGCAAAAAUGGAAUUAUCUUUGCAUCUCAAUUCCUCGUGUUCUUCAUCUUCUUCUCCCGCUUCUUCACUUCAUCAUUCAUGCGAAAGGGGGCAGAGGGUUUUCGUUCGACCUUUUAAUCGACCUUGGGCAUCUCAUAACGGAUAUCGCUUCAGAAGCUUCAGCCUUAAACAACCAUUUCAGAGAUAUUCGAGAAAACAUGGCCUUCCACAUGAAACUAUAUGUAGCUCAAGAAAACAAAGUUAUCCAAUCCAAAGCUCUUUGUACCAUGAAGUUGAUCUCAGCACAACACGUAAUGAUCGUGCAUGUAAUGAAAGACGAAAAUUACCACGAGACGUAGCUGUUAGGUCCGAACUUGCGGGUACUGGAUCCACCGCAGCUUCAUAUCCAUUAUCAGAAAUUUGGUUGAAUUCAAAAGUUAGAGGAAUCCUCUUUUACGCUGUGACAAUCUGUGCUGCAAUCGUCUUGUUUGUGCCAAUGCUUCUACAGCAUCCACUUGUGCUCGUGUUUGACCGAUAUCGAAGAAAAUCCCAUUAUCUUAUUGCCAAAUUAUGGGCUUCUCUAACAGUUGCUCCAUUGGUCAAGAUCGAGUACGUGGGCUUGGAUAAUUUUCCCUCAGCAGAUACUCCUGCUAUAUACGUGUCAAACCACCAAAGUUUUUUGGACAUAUAUACCCUUCUGACACUUGGCAGAAGCUUCAAAUUCAUUAGCAAGACUUCGAUUUUUCUUUAUCCAAUCAUUGGGUGGGCCAUGUUUCUGCUCGGUGCAAUUCCUUUGAAGCGCUUGGACAGCAGAAGUCAAUUGGUCUGCCUUAAGCAAUGCAUGGCUCUGGUUAAGAAGGGUGCAUCGGUUUUCUUCUUCCCAGAGGGCACUCGGAGUAAAGAUGGCAAAUUAGGCCCUUUUAAGAAAGGUGCAUUUACCGUGGCUGCAAAAACUGGAGUACCGGUUAUUCCGAUUACUCUAAUUGGAACAGGUGAUAUUAUGCCUGUCGGAAUGGAAGGAACACUUAAUCCAGGAUCAGUGAAAGUUAUUAUUCACCCACCCAUAGUAGGAGAUAACUCAGAUGCCCUUUGUAACGAGGCUCGAAAUAUUAUUGCUCAGGGGCUUAUUAGUCAAUCCUAGAUUUUUUUUAUUGGGUUGUAUUUCGUUCGAUAAUGUAGAAUGUCGAAGAGCAUUGAGAUGGUAUCGUAUGAGUGAAUAAUAUUUACUCAUCUUUUUUCUUCUUCUCUGUUCUACGGUGUAUUUGUCGAUGUCCGAGUAUUCCUAGGCGGUAUUCAGAUAUCGUUUGGUUAGUGAUAUAAGCCGUGAUUAAUUUAAUAAUCAUGUCGUAUUUUAGUGUUUGGUUAGUCUAAUAAUUUACGAGGCAUUUGUAAUUUAUCGUUCGGUUUUCGACAGAUUGCUAACUCACUGUUUUUA